ACCAAAAUAUGUGCAUCUAAAAAAAUCGCCAGAAAAUAUGGAUAAAACUACGGACUUCCAGCACUACUACCUGGAACUGUCGCCGGAUCCGGUUCGGUUCGAUGCCGUGAGCCAGCUGACGAAUGUUUUCUUCGACGAUGCCAAACAGCAGGUAUUCGCGGUCCGUUCCGGCGGAGCCACGGGAAUCGUGGUCAAGAGUGCCAACGAUUCGCAGAGCAUAUCCUUUUGUAUGGAAGAUCGGGGUACCAUUCGAUCGAUCAAGUUUGCACCCGACAACCAAGUUCUGGCCGUCCAGCGGAAUGAGACUGCAGUGGAAUUUGUCCCCUUUAAUUCCAGCAACCAACCAGUCGUGGCAGACAUGCUGGUCCAUCAGGGGAAGAAUAUCAUCUACGGAUUCGUGUGGGUUCAUGACCGACAGGUAGCGCUAAUCUCGAACGGUGGAGUGGAGAUUUUCCAACUGAACUUCGAGAAGCGAACAUUGAAGUCGGUCAAAUCGCUGAACACAACGGUCAAUUGGUUCAGCUUCUGUCCCACUUCUAACUUUGCUCUGCUGUCGUCGAAUAUGGGUUCGAUCUUGACACCGGUUCUGUUAAAACCUUCGACCAUAACGAAACUUCCCCGGCUGGAGUUAGGAACGGGGCAAGGCUGUUCCGGACGGGAUGUCACGUUGGCCCAACUGUACGGCACGAAUGCCAUCAUGAUCCUGAAGCAGCUGCAGAACCGUCAAUUCGAGGUGGUAAUUUACCUUCUCAACGGUCCGGGGUUGGCACCGAGAAAGUCUCACAUCCUUCGGCUGGGUCAAAACGGUCGUUUUGCCAUGAAUAUCGUCGACGAUGUGGUGGUGGUGCACCAUCAAGCCACAGCCACCUCGAUGCUAUUUGAUAUUGCACUCGGAGGUGGCGAAACGGAUGCUAAUUCCGGCGCUCUUAUCCAUCAGCCGAUCAUUCCGGCUAAGGCGAUUAAGCCGUUUGCGUUGGAGGUACCGAGCAUUUCCCUCGAUGGGAAGACGGUAAAUUGCGAUCUUUAUUCACAGCACUGGGUCCUGUUUCAGCCGAACAUCGUAAUCGACGCCAAGUUGGGAUGCCUUUGGUCCGUACUGCUGAAGCUCAACUCGCUGUGCACGCUCAUCACAGAUCGCAUCCGGUUGGUGGAAUUCCUGCUGCAACGAACCGAUGGGAAGCCCGUUCUGCUGAACGUUCUCAAAGAGAUGAUGAGUACGAACUACAGUGGAACCAUGCUGCCGGUGAUCGAAAGCGUCUUCAACAAGCUCAAUUCGCUCUACAAGACCGUGCUGGACAGUGAACUGCAGAGUCAGAUGGCGCUGAUGUCCCUUUCGAGCAAGUCCCAGUCGCAAAAACACACGGUCCCUCCGCGAGUCCUGAUCGAUCAAGCCGACAUGUAUACGGCCGUAUUUUCCUCCAUCACUGAAGCUGAGCAGCUGGGCAAGAUCUUGCUUCUGUAUCUACAUUCCUUGGCCCGCUACGGUAUCGCUCCUAGCCACGAGCUGAGCAAACAGAUCGUCAUUGAUUUGGUCAAGAACAAGCAAUUUGACACCCUCCAGAACCUGCUCAAGUAUUCCGCUCUGAGUGAAUCGAAACCACUGGCGUGCUUUCUGCUCUCGCUGUCCAAUUCGGAUCCGUCGAUCUCGCAGAUGGCCCUGGAUAUGCUGGCCCGGUUGAAUGCCAACGAGAUCAUACUGGAGGUUCUGCUGGAGAAAGGACAGGUCAUCGAGGCGCUGAGGAUUGCCAAGCAGAUGCCCGGUGCGGAUUCGCUGCCAGCCAGGAAGUACCUGGAGGCUGCCUUCAAAGUCCGGGACCCGUUGGUAUUCCACUCGGUGUACAACUUUUUCCAAGCGAAGAACAUCAGAGUGCGGGGGUCGCCGGAUUUUCUGAAACAUGAGCAAUGCGGGGAGUAUAUGCAACACUACCAGACGUUGAUUAGCACGCAAUGUCUGUAGAGGCGGUUUGUACAGGUAAGAAUUCCUUAUUGGCUAAGCCUUGCGAUAUCUUCUAUAUUAUAUUAUAUGCAAAAGUUGUGAUUUGUGUAGAUUUAGUAAACUGCAUACUUUAGUUA